UUGUGUGUUUUACCACAUAUGGCCCUUGGUGAAAAACGUUGAAAAAAGUCUGGACACCCCUGGUAUAGAGUAUACAUAAGAGGUAACAGAGGCAGGACUGUCCUAAAGUGGUGUUUUAUUGGAUCUCACUGGGUCCUAGAACCAACUCUAAAAACCUAAGCUAUGAAGUAGUGUGAUGAUCCUUGAGGAUACAACAAAGAAUCCUCUGUAAGUUGGAAGAGCACUAAACAGUUGAGUUGUGUGACAGGUUAAGAUCUAACAAAUCCUAUAAAUUAGAAUUUUCAGAUUCUCCAAACAGCUCCACUGAUAUUGAUAUAUCUGAAAUCGAUUCUCUUCUAUUCAUUUUUAUUGCCACUGUUUUAUCUCACCGUUUGUCUAGCUUACUGCAAGAAGCCUCUAAAUGAUCUCUGUGCUUCUAGUCUUACCCUUUCCAAUUUAUUUUCCACAUUACAGCCAGUUUUAGAACCUCUUUAAGAUUAACCAUGUCACUCCCCAGCUUAAAAUUCUUUGAAGUCCAAACUCCUUAGCACAUCAUCUGACCUCUAGUUUAUGUCUCCAGUCUCAUUUCUUACCACUUCCCAUGUCCUUUCACUCUCUUCCUUCAAACCCUAUGCUCCAGCUGCCCAGAACUACAUAAUAUAUAAGACAUUUCACUAGAAUAAUACGGGACAGGAUGGGUUCCAAAUUGAUGGUAUUUCUGGAGUUUUGAUACCUUAAGUCUAAAAGAGCCCAAUGACUGAAGAAACUUGAUCUUCCUCAUUAUCUUCUAAUUCUCUUUUAUCCAACUGCAGGUUAUGACCCAUUAGUGGGUUGGGAAAUCAAUUUUAGUGGGCUGUGACCGCCUGUAAACACGGCAAGGGGAAGAUGAAGAGACAAUGUAUAGGGAAUCAAGAACCGUUCUGGUGAAGAAGACCCGGGGGUGGUGAGAGGGUGGCGAGGGGGUUGGAGUUGAAAGGGGAGUACAGGUUAGAGGGGUUGGGUGCAGAUAAGGGGUAUCUGAGGAUUGCCAGUUUGGGGGAGGGGGACUGGCUGAGCCUGCGGGCACAGUGCAUGCAUGUAAUAAUGGGGAGGCGUUAUGCCCACACCAGGUGUUGUCGUACAUCGGUGGAACAGUGUCAAGCCAACCCAGAGUAUCCCUGGUCUACUCCAUGCCCUCCCGGAAUGUGUCCCUGCGGCUGCAGGGCCUCCAGGAGAAAGACUCCCGGUCCUACAGCUGUUCUGUGAAUGUGCAAGACAGUCAAGGCUUGAGCAGGGGCUACAGCAGCAAAACUUUAGAACUCAAUGUACUGGUGCCACCAGCUCCUCCAUCCUGCCACCUACUGGGAGCGCCCCAUGUGGGGACCAACGUGACCCUGAGCUGCCAGUCCCCGAGGAGUAAGCCUGCUGCUCAGUACCAGUGGGAGCGGCCACCCCCAUCUGCCCAGGUUUUCUUUGCACCAGUUUUAGGUGAGGGACUUCCGGAGACAGCUGAGACUGUAGCUGGGGUCUGGGACGAUGAGAGGUACCAGCGGGACUGGGGUGAAAAGGGAAGGCAAUGCUGAAAGGUACCAGGGAGGAAAAG